CAAAGAGGUUCGCGUCAUGUAGAACCAUUAUUCUUUAGUGAUAGAGAAAUAUGUUGACAUAUCAGGACUAAAAAUAUGUAGACUAUUUGUAGGCCAAAUGAAAUAAUUUACAAUAUAAUAAUAAUAUAAUAAAUUGCCAUUUUCAAAUUCCGAUUUUAUUGAUGGUAUAAUAUUGUUCAGAUUAAAUAGUAUCUAUCGCGAAACUUAAUAUAGGACAGGAGAAACAGUUUUUAUAGUUUUCCCUCAAAAUUUUGAGAAAUUAAAACAGGUAACAUUGAACAAAAUCAAUCCUCUUUUGUACUUUCUCUUUCUACUUGUAUUUAGUAGUGAUUUUGUGCAACUACAGGGUAUAUGUUGAGCAAUAAUGGAUGAAGUUGGUGCGAGUGGCUUAGGCGUUUUUAUAAAAGUAGAAAAGCCAGAUGAAAUUGAGUCUACUUCUGAGAGUGAUUCUGUUGUUUUUAUUAAAGAAGAAAAGCCUGAUGAAACUGAUUCUACUUAUUUGAUUGAUGAUGAUUUAGUGAAUGAAGAAGAAAAUACAGAAGAUACUCAUGCUUGUGAGGAUGAUUCCACAGCUCCACAAAGGGAGGAAUUAUAUCAUCAGAGUUUACAAGAAAAAAGAAUUAUCACACGAAAAAGACGUAAAAAGGCCCUCACAGCUACUGAUAGAUCGCAACCGUUUCCUCAAAGAAGGAAGCUAAAAAACGAAAAUACAUCGUGUCCUGCCACUCAAUCUAGUCCUUAUGAAAAUAAUAAUUUGAGUGUACUAAAUCACAAUUCGAGUACUAGUGCAGACACUACGAUGAGGAUUCCCAAAGUCACCAUCAAACAAGAAAAAGGUUCAUUGUUUUAUUGUGGUGGGCUUAUUCCUGAACAAGAAGAAGCGACUUUUGUUCCAGAAGAAGGAAGUGAGAUGAAUCAUAUUAAACAAGAAGAAGAAAUAAUUCUCUCAGACGAUGUUCCCAAAGUCGGUGUUAAACAAGAGGAAGGUUCAUUGUUUUAUUGUGAGGGCCUGGAUCCAUUGAAUAAUUUACAAGACAUCAACAAGUGUGAAUUAAAAACAAAGACAAACGAAGAUUCAAAAGAAAUGUCUGAUGCUAAUUUUGAGCCGAGUCGUAAAACAGUUCUGUUAAAGAAACAUCAGUGUCCUCAUUGUAAAUACAAAGCGUCAUAUCCUAGUAAAUUAAAAAUACAUAUAAUAGCCUGCCAUACAAAUGAAAAGCCUCAUCAUUGUCCUUGUUGUGAUUAUAGAGCGACAACACAUACUAUUUUAAAAAGACACAUAAAGGCUAGCCAUAUGGACGAGAAACCUCAACAGUGUCCUCACUGCGACUUUGUCACUGCAGAUAUUAUUAGUUUAGAAAGACAUAUAAAUGCCCGCAAUACGAGUGAAGAGCCUCGGUGUCCUCGUAAUGAUGAUGGAACGAUACAAUCCAAUAAUAUUGAAAUAGCUCCCCAUAAAACAGACAACCCUCUACAAUGUCCUUAUUGUGAAUACAAGGGAGCAUAUCCUAGUAAGUUAAAAAUGCAUAUAAUGGCCUGCCAUACAAAUGAAAGGCCUCAUCAAUGUCCUGAUUGUGAUUAUAGAGCAGUAAAAAUUAGUAAUUUAAAAAUACAUAUAAUGGCCCAUCAUACAGACGAGAAGCCUUAUCCAUGUGCUCAUUGCGACUAUAAAGCUGCGACAUUUAGCACUUUAAAGACUCACGUGAGGUUUCGUCAUACAGGUGAGAAGCCUCAUCACUGUCCUCAUUGUGAUUAUAAGUCCGUUACAAUUAGUUGUUUAAAGAAACAUAUAAUGGCCCGCCACCUGGGUGAAAAGCCUUUUAAAUGUCCUCAUUGUGACUAUAAAGCUACUCAACAUAGUAAUUUAAAAACACAUAUGAAGUACAUUCAUAUGAGUAUAAAUGAGUAGAUUUAUCAAUGUCGAUAUUACGACAAAAAAGCAGGAUAAAUCAGUGAUUUAAAAGGCAUUUAUUGUGAUAAAUCUAAAAACAUAAAGGUUAUAACAUUGUCCUCUUGAUAAAACAGUAAAAAAUUGGUUUUUAAAAUGAGGUGUAUUAGAAAUACUGGUAAAAAACCUUAUCAUUGUCUUCAUUGUUGACUGUAGAACUAAUUGGAGACGUUGGUUCAUCAUUGGUCAAUAAUAAAAAAAACACUAACAAGAA